AUGGGCAAUCUUUUGUCUUGGGUCACCGACGCAGCGCCUCCAAAGGCUACUUUUUCCGUUGACCAAAUUCCAGACCUAACAGGGAAAGUAAUUAUUGUGACUGGUGCCAACACGGGUAUUGGGAAGGAGACCGCAAGAGUUCUACUUGCACAUGGCGCGAAAGUUUACAUCGCGGCUCGCAACCAAGCUGCUUCAGAGGAAGCUAUUCGUCAACUGAAGCAGGAGACUGGAAACGAAGCGAUAUUCUUGAAACUUGACCUUAGUGAUCUGAAGGCAAUCAAGGCGUCUGCUGAAGAGUUCCUGAGCAAAGAGACUCAGCUCCAUAUCCUUCUAAAUAAUGCUGGUGUUAUGGCACCGCCGAUCGAGUUAGUAACUGCAGAUGGCUAUGACCUCCAAUUUGGAACGAACGUCCUUGGCCACUAUUACUUCACAAAGCUCCUGCUCCCCAUUCUAACCUCGACGGCUAGAGCUACUCCCGAAGGAAAAGUCCGCGUUGUAAACGUCGCUUCCUGCGCCCAUUUAUUUGGAGGUCUCGAUUUUAACACCUUCAAAGAUGGCCCGGCUCGAAAGAAAUGCUCAAGGGGUAGCCUUUACAACCAAAGCAAAUUCGGAAAUGUCGUGUUUGCUCUUGAAUUGGCAAAGCGAUAUGGAGACCAGGGUAUCAUUUCAACGGCACUGAAUCCUGGCAAUAUCAAUUCGGACCUGCCACGUCACGCUAUGGCUCAACUUCCAAGUGUUGCCAAGCAGAUUCUAAUCAAGGUGCUACUGUAUGAAGUGUCGCAAGGCGCCCUUACGCAGUUAUAUGCUGCUACGUCCCCAGAAGCUGUUAGCUUAAAUGGCAAGUAUCUUGUGCCGUGGGCUCGCGUCAGACCACCUAGGCAGGAAACCCAAGACCCUCAACUUGGCAAGGCGCUGUGGGAUUGGCUGGAGGAGCAAGUCAAAGAUGUAUGA